GUCACCGCCGGCCGGCACGAGCGAGGAGAGCCGCCGACAGCCAGCUGGAGAUAGUCGCUGAAGGUCCGCACACCCAUGGGCAACCUCCGGGCGCUCGCCAUGGAAGCAGCAGCGGAAAGAAAAACCUCCGCCAAAAUGCAUGGGGAUGAAACAGGAGUGAGUUCAUAAAAGGCCUCUCCUGCAGCCGUCUGCUCACUAAAGGGAUUUUAGUGAAGGGGUGAAGGUGUGACCAUGAAGACUAUGCUGAUGAUGAUGAUGAUAAUGAUGAUGAUGAUGCUCGCCACACAGUCCAUGGCCAAGCCUAAAAAUGGCUUCAGUCGUCAUCCAUCAUGGAACACCAAGCUGUACCCCAUCUGGAAAGAUGGAGACCCGCGCUUUGCAGACUCCUGGAAAGGCGGGAAAGUUUUGUUCAACGUCGCUAACGACUCGCCGACUCUCUCCGGCGCCAAAGUGACGUUCACCAUCGACUUGGAGUUCCCGCACAACCAAAAAGUACAGGAUGACGGAGACGUGGUCUGGGCCACAGACUGCGUCGUCAACGGUACAAAGCACCUGAAGUCCCAGUCGGUCUUCCCAAGACUGACCAGCGACUGGGAGGCGGUCUUCCCUGAUGGGACCCCCAUUAAGAAGGACAAGAAGCCCAGUUAUGUGUUUGUGUGGAAGACCCGAGGUGAGUACUGGCAGGUGGCAGACGGUCCCUCGUCCUCCCUGACCAUCGACACGGACGACAUGCCGCUGGGCUCCUACGCCAUGGACAUUGUCAUCUACCAUUACAGGAGCAAGGAGAAGUUCAUUCCUCUGGGAUACGCCUCCACCCAGUUCUCCAUCACCGAUCAAAUCCCGUUUGCCGUCGCCAUGGACCAGGUGGACGACGUUCUGGUAGGAGACCUGAGCUUCGUGCUGAACCGGGCCAUCGCCUUCAGCGUCACGCUGCACGACCCCAGCCUGUACCUGAGCCGCGCCGACGUCACCUUCAACUGGGACUUCGGGGACAGCAGCGGCGCGCUCAUCUCCAGGGAGAGGACCGUCACUCACACCUACGUCAGCUCCGGCUCCUUCAAGCCCAACGUGGUGGUGCAGGCCGUCAUCCCCGACGAGGCUUGCAAGCCCCCCGCGGGAACCACGACCGCGGCAACCUCGGUGGCUGCUGCUGCUUUGAGGACCAAUGCUCUUCCGCCGGACACCGAGGAGGACAACGGCGAGGACGAGUCCUCAACAGCUCAGGCCGCCCGAGUCGGACCCUCAGACAGCCCCUCCCCUGUCCACUACGAAGGGCCCGCCAAUCCCGCCUCCAACUUGCUGAUGGAGGAAAGGAGCAGCAACGCGGUGGCGGAAGCAGUAAAGCGUCCGAUGAUACGGGCGGGCCAAUCUGCUGUGGUCAUCAUCUCCAAAAGGGAGGCGGAGGACAAACCGACAGAGGGGGGCUGCGUGAUUUAUCGAUACGGUUCCUUCUGUGCUGACAUUCAAGUGGUUGAGGCCCUCCAGAAAGUGGAGAUCGUUCAGAUGGACAACAGCGUCACGGCAACACCGGGAGUGAACAACAACGCUGUUGACCUCACUGUGACCUGCCAGGGAAGCUCCCCCAAAGAGGUGUGCAGCGUGAUCCUGGAUGCCGAGUGUUUGACCCCCAUCCACGCCACCUGCAACCAGGUGGAGCCCCCCCAAGAGUGCAACCUGGUGCUGCAUCACUUCUUCAACAGCUCGGGCGUCUACUGCGUCAACGUGUCCGUGGCCAACGACGUCAGCCUGGCCGUCGCCAGCGCCAGAGUCAGCGUGGACAUGGGCUCUGAGAUGUCCUUCUCCGGCAUCAUCGCCACCGUGUCGGGUGUCAUGCUCCUCCUUCUGUCUCUUGGAAUAGUCGCCUUUUCUUACAAGCGUCUUAAGGCUUACCAGCGUCUGAAGGAAGACUCCAGGGGGGUCGCAGACCCGCAGGAGUGGUGCCGUCAUGGCUGCUCGACGUCCUCAACCUUGUUGGGGAAGCUCCUCAACAGGCGAGGAGUGGUGGACCAGCGCCCCCUGCUGCAGGACAGACUGGUGUGAACCACUUUGACCAGCCUUUUUUUUAAAAAAACAUGUAGAUUUAGAAUAUGUGGAUGAAGUAUACCAGAUGUUUUUCUACUGACAUUUGUGGUAGUGACAGUGAUCAGUGUUUUUUCAUUAAACCUCGCUUAAA